CAUCAUAUUUGAUCUACUUUCAUUGCUUUGUCUUGUAAUUCUUUUAUCUCCAGCGGAUCGUAUCCAUAAUUUUCUCUCUGUCUCGGCUUCGACAUUACCAUCACCCUCCAGGCAUCUACAAGAUGAAGCCAUAGCCAACAACAAAAAAAGAGAUUUCAAACUCGCAAGGAUUGAAGCUCAGUUAGCUAAAGCACGAGGCGAAAUUCACAAAGCGAUUGUUGAGAAGAGCUUUACAUCAAGUAACACGAGUUUCAUCCGAGAAGGAACCGUUUACAAGAAUCCAUUCGCCUUUUUUCAAAGUCAUACUGAGAUGAUAAAGACAUUCAAAAUAUGGACUUAUAAGGAAGGAGAAACCCCCUUGAUGCAUAAUGGUCCAAUGAGAUAUCUAUACAGUAUCGAGGGCGACUUCAUCGAAGAGAUGGAGAGAAAUGGAAAUCCUAUGGUGGCUAGAGAUCCGGAUGAAGCGCAUGCCUUCUUUAUUCCCAUAAGCAUAACAAACAUAGUUUACUACCUUUACAAGCCAAAUGAAGCCUUCGGUUUUCGAGAAAGGGUGCAAGCAAUAGUCGAAGACUACAUUGGUGUCAUCGCACAGAGAUAUCCUUAUUGGAAUCGUAGCAAUGGAGCCGAUCAUUUCUUUGUAUCAUGUCAUGAUUGGGCGCCAUGGGUUUCUUUAGGAAAUCCUAAGCUGUUUAAAAACUUCAUAAGAGUGCUUUGCAAUGCCAAUACCUCCGAAGGUUUCAUUCCAAUCCGCGACGUGUCCAUGACUGAGAUUAACGGACCAGCAGAUAAUAUCCCAACUGCAAGUAGUGGUCAACCACCUUACAAUCGAUCAAUUCUCGCAUUUUUCUCAGGUGGAAAACAUGGGUUUAUUCGUGAAAGAUUAUUUCAAUAUUGGGGUAACAAAGAAGACGAUGGUAUUCAAGUCUUUAGUUACCUUCCCAAGGGUCAAAACUACACCAAGUUAUUAAGCCAAAGUAAAUAUUGUCUAUGCCCUAGUGGUUACGAAGUUGCAAGCACUAGGGCGACCGAAGCAAUCUACACGGGAUGUGUUCCCGUACUGAUCAAGGAUCAUUAUGCUCUACCAUAUAGUGAUGUGUUGGAUUGGAGUCAGUUUUCCAUACAAGUACCAGUAGAUAAGAUUCCAGAAAUCAAAAGAAUCUUGCAAGAGAUACCUUUUUCAAAGUAUUUGGAAAUGCAAAAAAAGGUACUUGAGGUGCAACGACACUUUAUGGUUAACCUUCCAGCCAAACACUUUGAUGUCCUCCACAUGAUUCUUCAUUCUGUGUGGCUAAGAAGACUUAAUGUUCAAUUGAAUUCAUUUGUAUGACCAUGAUUUACUAUAUCUAGCAUUAUAAGUAGUGUAUGUAGUAGUAUUAUCACUUUGUCAACAUUCAUUUGUAUGCAUAUUCUCAUACUUUA